ACUUGUGAUUGAUUAAAGAAGAGUUGAGUCAUUACAUACGGAAACAAAGUGAUGCAUAAAAACAUCCUAAUAAUAGACAGGCAUUUGCUGUUUCAUUAAACUUCCUUUUUUUGCUUGCUGGAAGCCUGAUACGGACAACAACCAGGCACUACUUAUUUGAUACGAUUUUCAAAGCUCACAAGGGAUCAACAGUAGAUAAUAUGGAUGCUACCACCUGCUGGUUACAGUUGGCUUCCUUGUUCCUAUGUCACCUCCUGGUACCUACCUCAUGUAAUUUGAUGUCACGGCAGUUUCCAUGUGACAUUACGGUCAAUACUACCAAUACCACGAAUGACAUCAUCUUUAAUUGUGAGGAGCGUCGACUGAAAAAUGUACCUGUUGGCAUCACCAGGAAUGUGACCGUGCUGGACCUAUCAGAAAACAACAUCAGAAAUGUAUCUCUUGGUGCAUUUUCUAAUCUGGAGAACCUGACCCUUCUCAAUCUCAACUGUGUCAACAAAGAAGGUGACACACACAUAGCUGAAGGUGCCUUCAAAAAUCUGACAAACCUACAGGACCUAAGGCUUAAUGGCAAUGGCCUCGUCAAAAUUCCUCAAAAUCUCCCACUCAUUCUGGAUAAACUCAUGCUGGACAAUAACAAGAUCAAUUUCUCGAAUAUGAGCAACCUUGUCGGUAUACAACAUGUGAAGGAGCUGUACUUAUCCAAAAAUUGCUAUUACUGGAAUCCCUGUGAGACUGACUUUACUAUUGGAAAUGGCACCUUCUCAGUAUUGACUAACUUGAAGGUUUUGAUGUUGGCCUAUAAUAAUUUAACUCAUGUUCCAAAAGGACUGCCAAACUCUAUACAAGAAUUACACCUUGAUUCGAACAAGAUACAGCAAAUUGCUGAGGAUGAUUUCCUUGGACUGACCCAUCUAACAAUCCUGGAAUUACAGGGAAACUGUCCACGGUGCUCCAAUGCUCCAUAUCCUUGUGUUCCCUGUCCUAAUGAUUCUCUCGAUAUUCAUCCUCAUGCAUUUCAUGGUCUUACAAAGUUACAGACACUGCACCUAGCAGGCAACUCACUUCGUUUCAUCAAUAACUCCUGGUUUGAGAGCUUGAACAAUCUUACACAUCUGUUCCUGUCUUAUAAUUACUUAACAAAUACUAUCACCAAUGGAACCUUUUUUAGCUAUCUACCAAAGCUAGAAAAGAUUGAUUUGUCAUUUAAUUAUGAUUUGCUUGCCUACCCUGAAACCCUACAGCUUUCAAAAAACUUUUCACAAUUGGUGUCUCUUACAACAUUACAUAUAAUGGGUUUUGUUUUCAGGGAAAUUCAUUUAGAAACACUCAGACCGCUUUAUGAACUCAAACAUCUUUCAGUGUUGAACAUCGGAACUAACUUUAUUGUUCGAUCUGAUUCCCACAUAUUCAACAAAUUCUCAAACUCAAGUCUCAAAGUCAUAUAUCUUGCGGAAAACAGGCUUUAUCCAAUUUCAGUAAAUGAGUCCCCAGGUUGUGGCACAGGCAGCAACUUAAAGUCGGUGUUGUACACGUCACCACUGACUGGAUAUUAUUCCAAUUCAAGGGACUUUUCUUACGGAAUAAAUCACAACCUUGUGAAGCCAGAAUGCUUUAUCUCUGGUCGAGUGCUGGUCCUUAGUUCAAAUAAUCUAUUUUUCAUUUCUCCAAAGCAAUUUGAGGGCUAUGGUGACAUUGCAUGUCUAAACUUAUCAAGAAAUGGAUUUUCAGCAGCAUUGAACGGGACAGAGUUCACCUCAUUACCAGACCUAAAAUAUCUCGACCUGUCCUUUAACAAGAUUGACCUGGCCUAUGACAACGCCUUCAAGGAAUUAAAGAAACUCGAAAUACUAGACCUAAGCUACAACAGCCACUAUUUUGAAGUGUCUGGUGUGACACAUAAUUUACAUUUUUUGAAAAAUCUACCGACUUUGAAAGUAUUGAAUAUGUCACACAAUAACAUUUUUACAUUAACCACUAAGCAGAUGACAAGCACAUCUUUAAAAGAGCUUCAAUUUCAACACAAUUUGUUGGCCACAUUAUGGAAAGAGGGGGAUGACUCAUACAAUAGCCUUUUUAAAAUGCUGACGAAUUUGACCUAUCUGGAUAUUUCAUUUAACAGUAUUGAGAAGAUCCCAUCAAAAGUCUAUGAAAACAUACCAUAUACCCUUCAAAAACUAUGUAUUAGUCAUAAUUCACUCGGCCAUUUUGAUUGGGAUAAACUGGCAGGAUUUCAACAACUGAGUCUCCUGGAUCUAAGCUACAAUUCUUUAUUUCAUGUGUCAGCAAAUCUCUCAAACUUCACAGAUACACUUCAGAUUCUUGACUUAAGCCACAAUCAGAUUUUUCAACUUUCUCGUGAAUUUCUUUGGGGUGCUCAAAGCCUUCAGAUACUUGACCUCAGCUACAACCAACUGACUAACAUCAACGAGACCACCUUCCUCUCGGGCCCUGAAAAUUACAUGAAAACCUUGUCCUUGCAAGGUAAUCCAUUCCAGUGUACCUGUGAUUUACUAGAGUUCAUCCAGUGGAUAGAGGAGAACAAAAACGUGAAGAUCCCCAGACUGGCCAGUGAGGUGACCUGCAACAUGCCAGCUGAAAUGAGAGGCCAACCAAUUAUACUGUUUCACAUUGCAGAAUGCAUCAACGAUGACAUAGCCUUCCUGAUUUACUCCCUCUCCACUUCCUUGAUCAUGUUCACUGUGGUCAUUACUAUGGCAGCGCAUGUGUUUUAUUGGGAUGCCUCCUAUAUUCUAUACUAUCUGAGGGCAAAGCUGAAGGGCUACCAUUCGUUGAGGUCAACAACAACUGACAAUCUCUAUGAUGCCUUUGUUACCUACGACACCAGAGACCCAUUGGUGUCAGACUGGGUACUGAACCAACUGCGGGUGCAGCUGGAAGAGAGGGGGGAGAGACACCUGCCUCUCUGUCUGGAGGAACGAGACUGGGCCCCCGGGGUCCCCCUGAUAGACAAUCUCUUCCAGAGCAUUCGACAGAGCCGCAAGACUGUCUUUGUGCUGACCAAGGCUUACAUCAGGACUGGGAACUUCCGGAUGGCUGUGUACCUGGCCCACCAGAGGUUGCUGGAUGAGAACAUAGAUGUGAUUGUGUUGGUUCUCCUGGAACCCGUGCUGCAGCACUCUCACUUCCUCCUUCUGCGGCGGCGUCUGUGUGGGAGAAGUGUUCUAGAGUGGCCCCAGACUGCAGCCGCUGAGACCUGGUUCUGGCAGCACCUAAGGAACGCUGUCAGGUUAGACAACCAGGUGAUGUACAACAAGAUCUACUCCAGGUACUUCACCAGCAAGUAGAGCACAGUCCAGACCAGAGACUCAAGAGGAAAGUAUCUUUCUCACACAAAUAGACUGAGCAGUUACAAACACAAACUGCGAUACCUUUUACAAGCUCUGACUCUGACUAUAUCAGUUUUUCUAACUCUGCACUGAAUAAUGUGGAUGAUACUGUACAUCUCAAAUCAACAAUAUGUAUAUCAAUGUGCUAUUCAUUGUUCUAACACUAUGGCCACCAGUAACUGUGCAUUAUGGUUGUGGUUCAGUUUUUCAAUGUUAUGCUGUCUAUGGGUAGUAGAUAGUUCUAUUCCUAUUUGUUUUUGUCAAUGCAUUCAAACUGCAUGCCAUUUGUAAGUAGAUAUCUGAUUUUAAAAAGGAUGACUUGGUGCAGUCAGUCUAUGGGCAUCCGUCUUUAUAUGAUAACAGGAAGUGAACUAGUCUUAAGUUCCUGUUUCUUUAGGCUCAGAUGAGGAUGUGAAUCUGAAGCCAUGGUGCUAGCCUGUCAGUGGCACUUCUUUCUUUAUUUCUUUUUAGUUAGAAAACUAUAGGCUACAGUGAUUAAAUUGAACCGGUAUUGUUACAACACACUAUUUUAUUAUAUUAAUCAAAACAUUGUUUAGGGAAUCUCUUGUAAAUGUGUACUAUACAUUGAACUACAGAGUCACAGCAUCAAGGUCCCUUAUGAUAAUUGAAAAUGCAUUAUCUAAAUGUAAUCAAUGACAGAGGGAUCUGUAGUAUAUUACAGUUGCAUAGCCUCCAAACAAGUAGGCCUAUGUUUCUAGUGCAAACCAAUAAAGCCAGUGUUACCACCUGAUGUAAUACUAUGUAAAUCCACAGGAGGUCAUCAUUGAGACAAUCAGGAAGAGUUACUUAUGCGGUGACAGUGGACUGUUUUGUGUUGGCAGCGCAAUGCUCUAAUAUCAAAUCAGAUAAAAUUCAAGGUCCAAUACGUUAAACAAAUAAAACUAUAACUAUUAUUUAUGCUCUCUUGCUUGUAAAUAUUGAUGUAAUAUAUAUAUAUAUAUAUAUAUAUAUAUUAUUCCAACCUAGAUAAGCUCAAGAGUGAAGGAACGUGACGUCAUGUUCAACAUUUGCAUAUUGCGGACUAUAAUAGACCUUGCUUGAUUUACUUGCCUUCACUCGUUCUCUGCGCGAUCAGGAUUGAGACACACCAGUAGCCAGUACAACUCCGAUCCUCUGCAAACAUGUCUGACAAGCCAGAUCUCGCUGAAGUCUCUAACUUCGACAAGACCAAGUUGAAGAAGACCGAGACGCAAGAGAAAAACCCCUUGCCCACCAAAGAAACCAUCGAACAGGAGAAGCAAGCAACAGCAUGAAGUCCAAGCCUCUGCUAUGCACUGUACAUUCCACAAGCAUUGCCUUUUUCACCUCUUAGCUGUGUAACCCAAAACCUAAGUUGCAUUGUGAUUGGACAAAAGCAAUGACUGUACAGCCCCUCCCUAGAACUUUUUUUUUUUAGUAUUUUUUGAUUUUUUUACAUCAAGUCUGAAAACAACUACUGACUGGCACUCUUUUGACUAGGAGGAUGUGUUGCGUGUCUCUACUCACUUCCAGCACUGUCACCUGUCCCUGCUGUUGUCCCUGCUUCCAGCCACUUGUGGUUGUGAAGGGAAGAGCAAGGGUGUGAUUGGUCUGCCCAACCCGGGGACCCACACUUCUGAUGUGUAAUUCAGCUUCUGGCAACCUGAAAUGCUUUCAAAUAAAGCAGUGUUUUGUUUUUCUUGUUCAAAUUGUUUUGUAUAAAUUCAAUUAUUGGAAUGCAGAAGUUUGUUUUGAUAUGCAAAUAAAGAUAUAACUCUUU